ACCAGGCCCGCUGAGCCUCUGCAGAGCCGCCAGCCAUGCCCGGGAUCGUGGUGUUCCGGCGGCGCUGGUCUGUGGGCAGUGAUGACCUCGUCCUGCCGGCCAUCUUCCUCUUCCUCCUGCACACCACCUGGUUUGUGAUCCUGUCUGUGGUGCUCUUCGGCCUGGUCUACAACCCCAACGAGGCCUGCUCCCUGAACCUGGUGGACCACGGCCGCGGCUACCUAGGCAUCCUGCUGAGCUGCAUGAUCGCCGAGAUGGCCAUCAUCUGGCUGAGCAUGCGCGGGGGCAUCCUCUACACAGAGCCCCGCGAAUCCAUGCAGUACGUGCUCUACGUGCGCCUGGCCAUCCUGGUGAUCGAGUUCAUCUAUGCCAUCGUGGGCAUCGUCUGGCUCACUCAGUACUACACCUCCUGCAACGACCUCACUGCCAAGAACGUCACCCUCGGGAUGGUCGUCUGCAACUGGGUGGUCAUCCUCAGCGUCUGCAUCACCGUCCUCUGUGUCUUCGACCCCACGGGCCGCACCUUUGUCAAGCUAAGAGCCACCAAGAGGCGGCAGCGCAACCUCCGGACCUACAACCUCCGGCACCGCUUAGAGGAGGGUCAGGCCACCAGCUGGUCGCGCCGGCUCAAAGUGUUCCUCUGCUGCACUCGGACGAAGGACUCCCAGUCAGAUGCCUACUCGGAAAUCGCCUACCUCUUCGCCGAGUUUUUCCGAGACCUCGACAUCGUGCCGUCCGACAUCAUUGCGGGCCUGGUGCUGCUCCGGCAGCGGCAGCGGGCCAAACGCAACGCGGUGCUGGACGAGGCGAACAAUGACAUUUUGGCCUUCCUGUCUGGGAUGCCAGUGACCAGAAACACCAAGUAUCUCGACCUCAAGAACUCGCAAGAGAUGCUCCGCUACAAAGAGGUCUGCUACUACAUGCUAUUCGCUCUAGCCGCCUACGGGUGGCCCAUGUACCUGAUGCGGAAGCCUGCCUGUGGCCUCUGCCAGCUGGCUCGGUCCUGCUCGUGCUGCCUGUGCCCUGCGCGGCCCCGCUUCGCCCCGGGAGUCACCAUCGAGGAAGACAACUGCUGUGGCUGCAACGCCAUUGCCAUCCGGCGCCACUUCCUGGACGAGAACAUGACCGCGGUGGAUAUCGUGUACACCUCCUGCCACGACGCGGUCUAUGAGACCCCCUUCUACGUGGCAGUGGACCAUGACAAGAAGAAGGUGGUGAUCAGUAUCCGGGGAACCCUUUCCCCUAAGGAUGCGCUGACAGACCUCACUGGUGACGCUGAGCGCCUCCCUGUGGAGGGGCACCACGGCACCUGGCUGGGACACAAGGGAAUGGUCCUCUCGGCUGAGUAUAUCAAGAAGAAGCUGGAGCAGGAGAUGGUCCUGUCCCAGGCCUUUGGGCGAGACCUGGGCCGCGGAACCAAACACUACGGCCUGAUUGUGGUGGGCCACUCCCUGGGUGCAGGCACUGCUGCCAUCCUCUCCUUCCUUCUGCGCCCCCAGUACCCUACCCUCAAGUGCUUUGCCUACUCCCCACCAGGGGGCCUGCUGAGCGAGGACGCCAUGGAAUACUCCAAGGAAUUUGUGACAGCUGUGGUUCUGGGCAAAGACCUUGUCCCCAGGCGAGUCGCAAGUCACAAGUUAUGCCCUCUCUCCACGGUCCCGGUCCCAAUCCCAGUCGACUGUUCCUCCCUCCUCGGGGGAUUCCCAUCUCCCCGGGGGGAGUCCCAGAGCCCCCAGAGCCGGAGGACGGGCGGCCCCACCCUGCCUGACCUCCCUUCCCUGGCUUGGCCCUGCCGAGCUGCUGACUCCCGCCUGCCUGUCCACCCCUCCCACCCUGUGAUCCUGAUGGCGUGGUCUUUUUGUUUCUGUGGCUGCCAUGUGCCUGCCCGCUCUGCCCCCACACCCCACGCCUCUCCCGGGCCCUGGCCAGGCCAGGCUGACACCCGUCUUGCCUCCUUCCCCAGGAUCGGCCUCUCCCAGCUGGAAGGCUUCCGCAGACAGCUCCUGGAUGUCCUGCAGCGAAGCACAAAGCCUAAAUGGCGAAUUAUCGUGGGGGCCACCAAAUGUAUCCCCAAGUCGGAGCUGCCUGAGGAGGUGGAGGUGGCCACGCUGGCCAGCACGCGGCUCUGGACCCACCCCAGCGACCUGACCAUCGCCCUGUCAGCCAGCACCCCUCUCUACCCACCCGGCCGCAUCAUCCACGUGGUCCACAACCACCCAGCAGAGCAGUGCUGCUGCUGUGAGCAGGAGGAGCCCACGUACUUUGCCAUCUGGGGCGACAACAAGGCCUUCAACGAGGUGAUCAUCUCGCCGGCCAUGCUGCACGAGCACCUCCCCUAUGUGGUCAUGGAGGGGCUCAACAAGGUGCUGGAGAACUACAACAAGGGAAAGACGGCCCUGCUGUCUGCUGCUAAGGUCAUGGUGAGCCCCACUGAGGUGGACCUGACUCCCGAGCUGAUCUUCCAGCAGCAGCCGCUGCCCACAGGGCCACCCGUGCCCGCCGGCCUCGCCCUAGAGCUGCCCACCGCAGACCACCGAAAUAGCAGCGUCAGGAGCAAGUCCCAGUCCGAGGUGAGCCUGGAGGGCUUCUCCGAGGGGCGGCUGCUGUCCCCGGUGGCCGCGGCCGCAGCGGCCCGCCAGGACCCCGUGGAGCUGCUGCUGCUGUCCACCCAGGAGCGGCUGGCGGCGGAGCUGCAGGCCCGGCGGGCGCCGCUGGCCACCAUGGAGAGCCUCUCAGACACCGAGUCGCUGUACAGCUUCGACUCGCGCCGCUCGUCAGGCUUCCGCAGCAUCCGCGGCUCACCCAGCCUCCACGCCGUGCUGGAGCGCGACGAGGGCCACCUCUUCUACAUCGACCCCGCCAUCCCGGAGGAGAACCCGUCCCUGAGCUCGCGCACCGAGCUGCUGGCGGCCGACAGCCUGUCCAAGCACUCCCAGGACACGCAGCCCCUGGAGGCGGCCCUGGGCAGCGGGGGCGUCACCCCGGAGCGGCCCCCCAGCGCGGCGGCCAACGAGGAGGAGGGGGGCGGCGGCGACGGCGGCGGGGCAGCCCCGGGGGCCGAGCUCGCGCUGCACAACGGGCGCCUGGGGGACUCGCCCAGCCCUCAGGUGCUGGAGUUCGCCGAGUUCAUUGACAGCCUCUUCAACCUGGACAGUAAGAGCAGCUCCUUCCAGGACCUCUACUGCAUGGUGGUGCCCGAGAGCCCCACCAGCGACUACGCCGAGGGCCCCAAGUCCCCCAGCCAGCAAGAGAUCCUGCUCCGCGCCCAGUUCGAGCCCAACCUGGUGCCCAAGCCCCCGAGGCUGUUUGCCGGCUCGGCCGACCCCUCCUCGGGCAUCUCACUCUCGCCCUCUUUCCCGCUCAGCUCCUCGGGGGAGCCCAUGGACCUGUCGCCCACGGGUCUCAGCAGCCAGGAGUGCCUGGCAGUGGACAAGAUCCGGACUUCUACCCCCACCGGCCGAGGGGCCAGCCCCGCCAAGCAGGACGACCUGGUCAUCUCAGCUCGCUAGCACCCCAGGCGUGGCUGCCGGCUGAGGCCCAGGCCAGAGUAGGUGGCCCCCCCGGGCUCCUGGUGGCUGCCCCCAGGGCCAGGCUGCUUUGAGGAGAGGCCCCCAGGGGCCGGUUUAGCCUCAGGCACGGGGCACUGCUGCUGAGCUGGGGGUCCACGUCCCUACCUCAGCUUAGGACCACCAGGAGGCUGGGAUCUGGGUCCUCCAGAUUGGGGAGGGGUGUGAUGCAGGGGGGAGCCUGGGGCAGCCGGCCCGGUGGGCAGGGCAGCGCUCUGCGCUCUCGGCCUGCCUGUCCCCCACAGGGCAUCCCGGCACCCCCUAUUCCAGGACCGGCAGUGGGCAUGCUGACUCCCCAUCACUGCCCUCUGGCUGCUCUCCCAGGGCCCAGAUGGAGAGCAGCCCUCUCCCCACAUAUUCACGUCUGUGGUCCAGGCUGGCAUCUGCCCUGGCCACCCCCCAGAUCUGGUGCCUGCUGGCCAGCCCCCUGGGGUGACCCCACACCAAGGUGGCCCGCAGUGCUGUGUAUGUUUACAGAAGCCACUGGGCUGGGCUCGGGAUGUUUCCUGGGCUUGCAAGCCCCCCUCUCCCCCAUCGUGUGUUCUGAGCAGGGAAAGGAGGAAGGCCAGGCUCCACAGAGCCCAAGGCAGCCAUGGAGCCUGGAGGAGCCUGGAGGAGGGUGGGAUCAAGACUGCCGCUUCUCUGCUCCGUGCCCCUCAUGCUGAUCCCUCUGGCAGUGGGUCCUGGGCACCCUGGCCUGCCCUGUCUGCCCAUUAGUUCCUGGCUUGCCUUCUACCCCCAGGGAUCCUGGCCACUCAAAGGGCGGAGGGCACAGGUGUGACCACCCCUGGCUGCAGAGUCAGUGCCCUGGGAAGAAGGAGGGCACCCAAAUCCCCCUUCCUUUGAGGGCUCCGUGUAACCCCUUUAUAUCACCUCGCCCCCACGCCUAGGCAGCCUCGGGACCUGGGAUCUGAAACCAGACAUGCCUCCACCCCCCCCCCGCCCCCCCCUUCCC